AUGUCUCAACCCACCGGUGACAUUGGAUUGAUCGGUUUGGCCGUUAUGGGCCAAAACCUUAUUUUGAACGCCGCGGACCACGGGUACACCGUGGUGGCGUACAACAGAACCGUGUCGAAAGUGGACCACUUCAUGGCCAACGAGGCCAAGGGCAAGUCUAUCAUCGGCGCCCACUCGAUCCAGGAGCUGGUCGACAAUCUAAAGAGACCCCGCAGAAUCAUCUUGCUGGUCAAGGCCGGUGCCGCUGUGGACGCGUUCAUCGAGCAGCUGUUGCCAUACCUGGAAAAGGAUGACAUCAUCAUCGACGGCGGUAACUCGCACUUCCCCGACUCGAACCGUCGUUACGAAGAGCUCAAGGGCAAGGGCAUCCAUUUCGUCGGGUCCGGUGUGUCCGGCGGUGAAGAGGGUGCCCGUUACGGGCCUUCUUUAAUGCCAGGUGGUGCCGAAGAGGCGUGGCCACACAUCAAGGAGAUCUUCCAGUCGAUCUCGGCCAAGUCCGACGGCGAGCCAUGCUGCGACUGGGUCGGCCCCGCCGGUGCCGGCCACUACGUCAAGAUGGUCCACAACGGUAUCGAGUACGGUGACAUGCAGCUGAUCACCGAGGCCUACGACAUCAUGAAGCGUGUGGGCGGUUUCACCGACAAGGAGAUCGGAGACGUGUUCGCCAAGUGGAACACCGGUGUUCUGGACUCGUUCUUGAUCGAGAUCACCCGUGACAUCUUGAAAUACGACGACACCGACGGCACCCCGCUCGUCGAGAAGAUCAUGGACUCUGCCGGCCAAAAGGGUACCGGUAAGUGGACCGCUAUCAACGCCUUGGACCUAGGUAUGCCUGUCACCUUGAUCGGUGAGGCCGUUUUCGCCCGUUGUCUAUCGUCGUUGAAAUCCGAGAGAGUCAGAGCCGCCGGCAUCCUGCCAGGCCCAGAGGUGGCCAAGGACGCCGUCAAGGACAAGCAAAAGUUUGUCGACGACUUGGAACAAGCGCUCUACGCCUCCAAGAUCAUCUCCUACGCCCAGGGUUUCAUGUUGAUUCGUGAAGCCGGUAAGACUUACAACUGGAAGCUAAACAACCCAGCCAUCGCUUUGAUGUGGAGAGGUGGUUGCAUCAUUAGAUCUGUUUUCUUGGCCGAAAUCACCAAGGCCUACAGAGACGAGCCAGAGCUAGAGAACUUGUUGUUCAACCAGUUCUUCACUGACGCCAUCACCAAGGCCCAAUCCGGCUGGAGAAACACCAUCGCUUUGGCCACCACCCAAGGUGUCCCAACCCCAGCUUUCUCCACCGCUUUGUCCUUCUACGAUGGUUACAGAUCCGAGAGAUUGCCAGCCAACUUGUUGCAAGCCCAACGUGAUUACUUUGGUGCCCACACUUUCAGAAUCUUGCCUGAGUGCGCUUCCAAGGAGAUGCCAGAAAACACUGACAUCCACGUUAACUGGACCGGUAGAGGUGGUAACAUUUCUGCCUCCACUUACCAAGCUUGA